AACACCCGCAUGGAACACACAACAAUCAGAAAGCGCUUUUAGAGGAACUUUUAACUACACGAAAACGACUGCUUCGUCAUUUUCAACUUUUGAAACAGUAGGUCCUUUCGAACAACCAAAUAUUAGAGUUGAUAUAUCAUCAAACUUUACGCCUGCUCCUUUAAUUCCGCAAUUUGGUUUUGGUUUCACAUCUGCGUCUUCUGGAUUAGAGACCGGACUUACGGAUUUUUAUCCUUCACUUUUAGAAACAACACAAGGGGGAAGGGGACUACUGACAGCUAAUAUCACAAUGGAAACAAAAUUUUCAGAACUUACUGAGCAAGAUCAAAAUCUAAUUACUGAAAUAGAUCAAUACAUACAAAAUCAGAAACUAAUUAUGUCAAGUCUUGAGUCUACCCACUUAUCGAAUUUGUAUUAUUAUGUGAAAGAAGUUAUUGAUGAAUCACGGGCAUUAUUUCAGAAGAUGAACGCCUUCGAGAAUGAACUACAAAUUUCUCAUUAUUUAAUAUACGAGAGAUUGAAGGAUCUAGAAGGUCAAAUCACAAUUGUAGAUAUUGGUAAACGAUUUUAUAAGGCUGCCUCCCAAGGACUAAACGAUAAUAUUUUGCAACUCGGAGAUAAAGAAAUUUUAAAAUAUUAUCAUGACCUUUUAAAUUCUUUCGAUGAACGAUUGAGGCAAUAUUCUAUAUCUAUUGAGGAAAUAGAUCGGCACUUUUCUUCAUUGUGUCAAGGCAGUGAAAUCGGAAGUCUUUUUGCACUUAAUGAAACCUUGAAUUGGCAACAUCAAUGUUUCAUGGCUGUUACUGGAAUGGUAGCAAAAUUACAUGAAGAAAUGGAUGAGCUUCGUGUAAAUUUUGGAAAAGUUUUUUCUAACACACUUGAAGAACAAAAAGACCCAACUUUAUUAAUUUGCAAAUUUACGCAAAUAAGGUUCGAGGAUGACAUCAUUUGA